GGUCCGCACCUUUUCCGGUAACACAGCACCGCCACCGCUGUGACUGAACGGCUGGAGAGAGAGAGAGAGAGAGAGGGAGGAAGAGAGAGACAGAGAGCGGCAAGAGAGGGGAGAAACGGCCCGGGGACUGGGGGAUGAUUGCCGCAGACGCAGGGGGAAGAGAAGAAAGUCGGAUGAAUCAAUGACCUUUUGAACGCUCUUCCUCUGGAUGUCCCGCUGCACAAACGGACUGGAGAGCUCACAUUUUGGGUGUGUUUUGGUAAGAAAAACACUGUGCUUUGAAAUCCAUCGACUGGAAUUGGCUAAGGGCAAGUGUGGACAGCCGGCAGCCAAGGAGGAAGUGGGAACCCCGGGCUUGGACUGGGCCUGAUUUAUAUAGUAGGCUUUUUUUUUUAAAAAAGGGAAAAAGCUCCUCUGUAUCAAGUCCAGCUCAACUGAGAGUGAGGGGAUUUUUGACGCAGAAGAAAUACUUGAAAUGUGGAUUUUGAAGGAAGUCUGUGCUCGGUUAGUUUGAAACAACGGGAUGUAAUUUUUUCUUCUUACAUCGGAGGGCAGUGGAUCAUGAAAAUAAAUCCCCACCCAAUUCUGCGAGGGCUACACACACUGUGAAUGCUCAAAGUCACCCGCUCAGGUCAGAUCAUCAUAAUCCAGCUAAUUGUAGUGGUCUGUUAUCCAAACUUGAAAGUCACCGCCUUUUGAAUAUUGACACUCGUGUCAGCCCACCGCUGCCAUCACGUGGAGGGCUCCCAGCACACACUGAAACUGUAACUCUUCAGUUGUACUCACAACAACUAGUAUUUUCUCUCAUAAGAGAAGCAUUUGUUUUUUCUUUUAACAAAGUAUUUAUGCACAACAAACAAGAUGGGAAAAGUGCUGUCAAAGAUCUUUGGCAACAAGGAGAUGAGAAUAUUGAUGCUUGGACUUGACGCUGCUGGUAAAACUACCAUCCUGUACAAGCUGAAGCUGGGACAGUCCGUCACCACCAUCCCCACUGUUGGCUUCAAUGUGGAGACCGUCACCUAUAAGAAUGUGAAGUUCAAUGUGUGGGAUGUGGGGGGGCAGGACAAGAUCAGGCCGCUUUGGAGACAUUACUACACAGGCACCCAGGGCCUGAUUUUCGUGGUGGACUGUGCCGACAGGGACAGGAUCGAUGAGGCCAAGCAGGAGCUCCACCGAAUCAUCAACGACCGGGAGAUGAGGGACGCCAUCAUCCUGAUCUUCGCCAACAAACAAGACCUCCCAGAUGCCAUGAAACCCCACGAGAUCCAGGAGAAGCUAGGCCUGACCCGGAUCAGAGAUAGGAAUUGGUACGUUCAGCCCUCGUGUGCGACAACAGGGGAUGGACUAAACGAGGGCCUGACUUGGCUUACCUCAAAUUACAAAUCUUAAUGUUUCUCCCGUCACCAGCCUGGACACUUGGAGGCACAAAUGAGUAGCUGAGAAUGAAAACAUGAAAAAAAAAAAAUGCAAUCUGAAGCAAUUAAUACCAUGACCUCUCUAGUGAGUGUAUAUCAAAGAGAGUAGCAAUUAUAUUUUGUUUUAUUUUUCUUUUUUUUUUAUAAUGAUGACUUCAAUAUAACCCCAGAUUUCAUUUAAACAAAAGGCAAUUUAUUUUUUGGCUGGCUUUCUUUUAUUUCCUAGUUUGCUUUGGUUCACAUUCUGUAUAAUCAGUACUGUUUAAAUAUACAAUAUGCUUUCUUUUGAGCUCUUCUUUUGUUUUCCUCCUUUUGUAUUAUUUCUUAAAGGGGACUUUCGGGACACACUUGUGCUUUUCCCCCUCUGCUUGGCUCUCAUUCAGUAUUCUCAUAAUAACCCAGCUACAUAUCCAAAGGAUGGGAAAGUCCAGAAACCAUUGCCUACAUCAGCAUAUCACUUUCAUGGCUCAAACUGCCUCUGUACUUUGUAAGAAUGUGUAUUAUGGAACAUGUUAGGACCUCGAGAGAAAAAACUUUUCAUAAUUGAUUGUACUGGGAUGAUUGAGGAAAUGUGUUUGUACUGAUUUCCUGUGAAGUGAUCACAUCCAUCAUGUCUACUGUGGCGGUUUGAUUGAAAGACACUAUGUGGACGCUGGAUAUUCACACACACUGUGAUUAUGGAUAUAUAUUUUUGUUGUUUCAGGGUCUGAAUCUGUUACCACCAGUCUUAAUACUUACUGCCUCUUUUGUUUCUCCCAGAGCUUCCAUUACUGUUGAGUAUUUGUAGUUUCAGCUCCCUUAGGAGGGACCCAGGUUACAGGUGUCCCAAAAUUGAGACAGUUAAUGCAGCGGAAAUGCUGAGUUUGCACUUUGGGAGAGGGGGGGGUGGUUACCAACCAGCUGGCUGUGCACAUUUAGAUAUUCUCUGACUGACUUUUGGACCCCAGCAAGUGUUUACGGAACUCCCAACCCCCCACCACCUCUAUUGUAGGUGCUUCAGUGACUCUUCUUUAUUUUUUUUUUACCCAUCAUCAUCUGCUUGUACACUUAAGGUCCUACAAAAAACAACUCUCUGUUAAUAGUCCAUAGAUACUGCUCUGUUUUAUUUUUCUUUCCUUUUUGCUAUGCUGAUGAAAUAAUAAAAAAAUAUAUCCAGAUCA